AUGAAUGUUGUUGCAGAUAAAGAAGAGGUGGAGCUACGUCCAGUAUAUGAAGCGGAUGAAUUAAAUGAAUUGGUUCAGUGUGUUAAGGAUAUGACGACUCUGAGCGGUCUGACGGACGACGAUUGGACGUGGAAAUGCGACAUGGACAUUCGCGAGUUCUUCCACGAACCGAGCAUUCCGGUCCUCUGCAUUUAUCACGUGAAUGGCAGUCUGACCACAGAAUUUUCAUUUCCUACGGUGCCCGUGCACGAGCUAACCUACUUCGUGAGACAGCCCAACGAGAUUCUCUAUCCGGAGAACUUUCGCGAACGCAUUCUCUUCGGGUCGAUGAACGACAAGGUGGAGAGUCAUAUACUAGGCAUCAUCCAGAACAUGUUCGCACCGAUCUUCUUUGCAAUCGAAACCUGGCCCGACAGUAUCCUUCUGCCCUUCGUCUCUGUUAUCACAUUGCCGUCAAAGUACCCAAUUAAUUCGCGUAACUAA